AUGUCGGAUACUACCGAAAUCAAACCAACUCACGCCGCCGACCAACCUGCCGCCAAUUCCUCUUCCGAAGCACCUGCCACUGACGCCAAAUCCACCUCUUACACCGAAGCUGCAAGCAAUGCUACCGGCGGUGCAGCCAGUACCACCACUACGGCCGCAUCAGGUGUGAAGGAUUCUGUCUUCUCCAUGUUCGGAGGUGGGGCCAAGAAAGAGCGAAAAGUCGAUGAGGAUGCAGAUGCAAAGGAUGAACCCAGUGGCAGCUCCAAAGCCAAGAAAGAGGAAGACGAUGACAAAGCCGAUGAGGAAGAAGCUGAUGUCGAAUUCGAACCUGUCGUUCGCCUGACCGAGAAAGUAGAAACUAAGACGAAUGAGGAAUCUGAGGAACAAGUAUUCAAGAUGCGGGCUAAGCUCUUCAAGUUCGACCGGGAGUCAAGAGAAUGGAAAGAAAGAGGCACUGGUGAUGUGCGACUACUUAAACACAAGGAAAACGGAAAAACAAGAUUGGUCAUGCGACGAGACAAGACCCUCAAGGUCUGCGCAAACCACUACGUGACUCCUGAUAUGAAGCUAUCACCAAAUGUUGGCAGUGAUCGCAGUUGGGUUUGGAAUGUUGCCGCCGAUGUCAGCGAGGGCGAGCCUGAAGCGCAGACACUAGCAAUUCGAUUCGGAAACAGCGAGAAUGCCAAUCUCUUCAAAGAAGCAUUUAUCAAAGCGCAACAGGAGAACGAGGCCUUGUUCCAAAAGUCAUAG